CAUAAUUAUGGGCCCUUAAAACGCAAAACAAUUUUUGUUACAAAACGCAGGCGGCUCACGCCACCACAAUCCCUCCCAUCUAAUUAUUGUUCACAAAAUCUUUUUCUACAAUUCCCCCUUUUCUUUUUUCCUCCAAAUUGGAUUCCGACUCUAUCUUCUCUUCAAAAACCUCAAAAUCCAUGGAGGUUUUCCAUCAUUUUCUGCAAUUCCGAUAAAUUAAACUAUCUUUAUCUGUACUUUUUUCCGUCUCUCUCUACAUAUACAUACAGGCGAAACAGUUUUUUUUUUUUUGUGUGUGUGUUUUGAAUUGUUAGGGACAUGGAGGUGGUGGAGGUGAAAGGUACAAAUCCGAUCCAGUUGGUGAGAGCUAAAUCGGACCAGGAUCGGAUUAAGGUGAAGAGAAAAACGCUAGAGGCUGUUUUACAGGAAUGCCAACGAGCUCUCGAAUUGCUUAGUACAACUGCUUCCGUUGAGGAUGACACUGAUGAAUCCAAUUCUAGCAGUGAAGUUGACCGGGAUGCUCUGGACGACUCCGGUCAAGGCUCAUCUACUACUCCUGCUGAUACCGAGACCGAUGAGCUGCGAGAUCUCCUGAAAUCUAGAGUUGAAUGCUCAGAUUUUCUUCAAAAGCUAGAAAAUGCUCAAGCAUCUGUUCCGCAAAACUUAGCUGAAGAAGGAAGUUCGUGGGACAUGGUCAGUGAGAAUGACCUUUGGGAAGGUGGAAAUCCUGAGUUAGAUGGAGAGGACUACGUUUUAGUUAGGCAAGAAGAUAUAGUGGAUGGUAUAGCUUGCUUUAUGGCUGCAUACCUGUUGUCUCUUAAGCAGACUAAGGAUUUGACACCAAACCAACUUCAAGAUGCCCUCAGCAAGACAUUCUCGUUGAAAAAGAAGAAAGGAAAGCUCCGGAAGGCAUGGGAUGGAAGCAAAGUUAUUUACAAUGUAGCAUCUUGGGGAGCUACAGCUAUUGGGAUAUACCAAAACCCAGCUAUUCUAAGAGCUGCAUCAGCGGCAUUCUGGACUUCCUGCCAUGUAAUAUCGAAGCUCUUAUAAGCAGCAGUUCUGGUUUAGCUGAAAUCCCGAGGCUUCGUCUGAACAUUGUGCGUGUGCUUGUGCCUUCCGGGUUAGGUUGUUGGUUCCUUAGUGUGUAAUAUAAACGCCAUUCUUUUGUUUAAUCAUGUAAAUAUUUCGCCAAUUGAAUAGCCUGUGUGCAGAAUGAUUGGGCUUAGUCUGAUGAUCUUGUUUGAUUAUUGAUUCUCUACCAACUGCAGUUGAUCAUGAUGCCUUCUAAAUUACUUUUCUUUUUAGUCCGUUUGAAAAAAGAAUGUAUAUUUUCUUUUUUGGCAAUUCUUUAAUUUCAACUUUUCACCUGA